CUGGAACAGUUUUCUUCACUUGAAACAGAAUGGCCAAAAAAUAUGAAGGACCUGCCAUUGGAAUCGACCUUGGCACGACCUAUUCAUGCGUAGCAGUUUGGCAGCAGCGUAACAAUCGAGCUGAGAUCAUCCACAAUGAUCAAGGCAAUAGAACCACACCUUCUGUUGUAGCUUUCACUGAUUCACUAAGGUUAAUUGGUAAUGCUGCUAAAAAUCAGGCUGCCUCAAACCCAACCAACACUAUCUUCGAUGCGAAGAGGUUAAUUGGAAGGAAAUUCAGUGAUUCCAUUAUUCGGAAAGAUAUAAAGUUGUGGCCCUUUAAGGUCAUUCCUGGAGCUGAUGACAAUCCCAAGAUCCUUGUUAAGUACAAGGGCAAAGAGAAGUGCUUUGUUGCUGAGGAAAUAUCGUCUAUGAUCCUCUCAAAGAUGCAGGAGAUUGCAGAGAAAUUUUUGGAGUUACCCGUAAAGAAUGCAGUGAUCACAGUGCCAGCUUAUUUCAAUGAUUCUCAGCGAAAAGCCACCAAAGAUGCCGGCAUUAUUGCUGGCCUCAAUGUAAUGCGGAUAAUCAAUGAACCAACUGCUGCUGCACUUGCAUAUGGAAUUCAAAAGAGAGGUAAUUUUGUUGUUGGAAAGCGAAAUGUAUUCAUCUUUGAUCUUGGUGGUGGCACCUUUGAUGUGUCUCUUCUCACACUUAAGGAUGAUAGUUUUGAAGUAAAGGCCACUGCUGGUGAUACUCACCUAGGAGGAGAGGACUUCGAUAAUAAAAUGGUGAGCCACUUUGUGAAUGAGUUGAAGAGGAAGAACAAUGUGGACAUUAGUUUGAACCCAAAAGCUUUAAGGAAGCUGAGAACUGCUUGUGAGAGGGCAAAGAGGGCACUUUCAUAUGACAUUGAGGCCACAAUUGACAUAGAUGCUAUAUGUCAGGGUAUUGACUUCUGCUCAUCAAUUACUCGGGCGAAAUUUGAGCGACUCAACAUGGACCUCUUUGAAAAAUGUAUGGAGAUUGUUCGGAGUUGUCUACGUGAUGCUUACAUGGACCAGAGUAUGGUACAUGAAAUUGUCCUUGUUGGAGGUUCAUCUAGAAUUCCCAAAGUGCGGAAACUAUUGCAAGACUUUUUCAAGGGUAGGGAUUUGUGCAUGAGCAUAAACCCUGACGAGGCUGUUGCUUAUGGUGCAGCUGUGCAGGCUGCUUUGUUGAUUGAUGGCAUUAAGAAUGUUCCAAAUUUGGUCUUGCGAGAUAUUACACCCUUGUCGCUUGGUAUAUGGACAAAAGGAGAUGUCAUGAGUGUAGUGAUUCCUAAGAACACUCCAAUUCCUAUUAAGAUGACUGAGGAUAGAUGUAAGACAAGUGUAGAUAACCAACUUGGUGUAUCCAUCCAUGUUUAUGAGGGUGAGAGAAUAAAAGCCAGUGAGAACAACUUGUUGGGUUUGUUUCGUCUCUUUGUUCCUCCUGCUCCCCGUGGCCUUUGCAUCAAAGUAUGUUUUGCUAUCGAUGCAGAUGGUAUAUUAAAUGUCACUGCUGAGGAAGAAACAACUGGAAAUAAGAGUGAGAUCACAAUAACAAAUGAUAAUAGAAGACUUUCAACUCAAGAAAUUGAGCGAAUGAUCCAAGAAGCUGAGAAAUUCAAGGUUGAAGAUAUGAAGUUUCAAGAGAAAGCUAGAGCGGUAAAUGCUUUGGAAGAUUAUCUUUACAAAACGAGUAAAGUAAUGGAGGAUAACAGUGUUAGUUCCAUGCUGGCUCCUGCAGACAAAAUGAAGAUCGAUUCUGCGAUUAUGAAUGGAAAGAGUUUGAUUGAUAAUCAUGGCAACCAGCACAAUGAAACAUACGUGUUUGUAGACUUUUUAAAGGAGCUUGAAAUCAUCUUUGAAUCCUCGUUGAAUAAAAUAAACAAAGGUUUCAAGAGAAAGUUUGAGCAAUGAAUUUACAGCAUGAGUUAAGUAAUGAAGGAUAACAGUGUUAGUUCCAUAUCGACUCUUGGAGACAAAGUAGUGCAAAAAGAAACAUGUGUUUAUGGACUUUAUGAAGGAGCUUGAAAG